ACGCCAUCGGUUGUGGCGUACACGAAGACCGAAGAUAGGUUGGUUGGACAGAUUGCUAAGAGGCAGACCGUUGUGAAUCCUGAAAACACCUUCUUCUCAGUGAAGAGAUUUAUCGGGAGGAAGAUGUCGGAGGUGGACGAGGAGUCUAAGCAGAUUUCGUAUACGGUGGUGCGUGACGAGAACGGAAACGUUAAACUUAAUUGUCCUGCUAUUGGAAAACAGUUUGAUGUAGAAGAAAUUUCAGCACAGGUAUUGAGAAAGCUUGUGCACGAUGCUUCAAAAUUUCUGAAUGAUAAGGUUACAAAAGCUGUUAUAACAGUUCCUGCUUAUUUCAAUGAUUCCCAAAGAACAUCAACAAAAGAUGCAGUUCCUGCUUCUCCUUGUUGA